AUGUCUGUGAUCAGAAACCCCAGAGAGUCCCAUAAGAGGCCACAGGACUUCCGUAUCAAGUACGAGGAUGCUGCAGCAGUGUUGGGACCGCAUGCAAGUAUUGCAGCAAACGACGCAGAGAAGCCGCAAUAUCUGCAAUCCAAGAUCGCCAUGAUUGGAGCCGGAGUUUCAGGAAUAACGGCAGCUAUGACGUGCUUGAAGAAAGGCGAGGACGACUUUGCCAUAUUUGAGAAACAUGACGAGUUUGGAGGCACCUGGUACGCAAAUACCUAUCCUGGUUGUGCAUGUGACAUUCCUGCUGUUUGGUACAGUUUCCACGAUGAGGUCAAUUCGACCUGGAGCGAGGUCCAGCCGCCUCAGUACGAGUUGGAAGAGUACAUUUUGAAAGUUGUGGAGAAGCACGGCAUCAGAAAAAAGGCUUUUUUGGGCACCGCGGUGACUUCGUUGAAGUUUAACGACAAAGCAAGCAAUUGGACAAUUGAGGCUUGUGAUGUGAAAACUGGAAAGAAACGAAUCCAUACAGCUCAGAUAGUGCUCAGUGGACAGGGUUUUUUGGUGCAGCCGAAACAAUUGAGUGUACCAGGUUUGGAAGACAAAUUUCAAGGUGAGUACAUGCAUUCUGCGGUUUGGAACCACAAUGUCGAUUUCCAAGGAAAAAACGUGGUUGUGGUUGGAAACGGGUGUUCGGCCAACCAGUGUGUUCCUGUGCUUUUGAGAGAUUACGGAGUGCAAAGCUUGACCCAAAUUGCUCGCCUGAAACAUUAUAUCAUGCCUCCAAUUCCUGGGAUUUUGCACCAAGCUUACCAGACACUUGCAGCCACCAGACUAGGGAUUCUUCUUGUACGGUACGUUGCGGCAAUGGUGGCUGAGUUGCGGUUUCCCUUGUUCAAAAACUACUUUUUUUUGACGAGUAUAAUCACCUGGAUCAACCACACCGCAUCCACUCGAUAUGUCAAAAAAACUUGUCCGAAACAGUACCAAGACUUGGUGAUUCCAGACUUCCAUAUUGGCUGUAAGCGGUUGAUAUUCGACCACGGCUACAUGCCUGCUUUGCACGACAAAAGAAUGGAGCUCACCGACUCCACCAUCGAGCGAGUCGAAGCCAACUCAGUAAUUCUCAAAAACGGCAAGCGUAUUCCAGCAGAUAUCAUUGUAGCCUGUACGGGCUACGACGUGGUGAAGAGCUACCACAGCUUUGACAUCGUGGGAAGAAACAAUAUCGAUAUUCAGGCUCUCUGGAACAAGGAAGGAAUCACCGCCUACGAAACGGUUUUGGUGAGAGACUGUCCGAAUCUUUUUUUGAUAGGAGGACCCAAUGCCACCACAGGUCACUCGUCCAUGAUCCUAGCCAUUGAAAAUGCCUGUAACUAUUUUGCCAAAAUUGCAACUCCAGUCUUGAACGGUCUGGCGGUACUGGUUUGUGUCAAAACUGAAAAAUAUUACAAAUGGUUUGAAACCGCGCAAGAGGAACUCAAGCACUCUGUGUUUGGAACACCUCUUGGUGGCUGUGUAUCGUGGUAUACUCAGGGAGGAGUCAAUUCCACCACUUACCCGUGGUCGCAGAUCACAUAUUGGUGGCGGAUGCUGCAUCCCAAAUGGGGAGAAUUGGAGUAUGAGAAAAAGGAAAAGAAGGAGAAAGUAGCAUGA